CCUCUCAUUUCCCCGCUAAUUGCAUGAAACUGAAACUCUGCUGUACACGUGUAGAGUUCAUCCACAUGGCGGAGAAACAGCAGCAGCAACAACAACGCGGCGUCGAGUUCGACCUGAGUCAGUUUUGCUGUUCGGUAUGUCUGGACCUGCUCAAAGAUCCUGUCACCAUCCAGUGUGGACACACUUACUGCAGGAGCUGCAUCGACGGUUGCUGGGACCAGGAAAACGAGAAAGGAAAGUACAGCUGUCCUCAGUGUAGGGAGACCUCCAGCCAAAGGCCCGUGCUCGGGAGGAACAACAUGCUGGCUGAGGUUGUGGAGAAGCUGAAGAAGACAGAAACCCAACAAGCUUGUUCGUCUUCUCCUCUGGCUCCUGCAGGACCAGCUGACAUCGCCUGUGAUUUCUGCUGCGGGACCAUAAGGAACAAAGCCACCAUGUCUUGCCUGACCUGCUUGGCAUCGUACUGUCCUGCUCAUCUUGAGCCUCAUUACAGUUUUCCUGUGUUGAAGAUUCACCAGCUGGUUUUAGCAACAGUUCCACUACAAGAAAAAAUGUGCACAAAGCACAACAAGCUGAUGGAGGUCUACUGUCACAAGGAUAAAAGGUGUAUCUGCUAUUUGUGCACAAUGGAUGAGCACAAAGGCCACAGAACGGUGUCGGCUGCAGCAGAAAGGGCCACUGAACAGAUGCAACUUAUUGAGAGUCAGAGUGCAGUGAAGCUCAAAUCCCAGGAGAGACAAGAGGAGCUGAGUGAGCUUGUCCAAGCUGUGAAGGACUUCAAGGUUGGCAGCCAGACUGCAGUGAAGUGCAGUGAUGAGAUCUUUGACAAGCUGAUCUCCUCCAUACAAAAGAAACGUGCUUCAGCAAAGCAGCUGAUCGAAGCUCGGGAGAAAGCUGCACUUGAUCAGGCUGAAGCUCUGCAGCUGCAGCUGGAGGAGGAGAUCGCCAAGCUGAGGAGAAGAGACGCCGACCUGGAGGAGCUUUCUCACACAGCUGACCACAUUCACUUCAUCAAGACGUUCCAGUCUCUCUCCACCUCGUGUGAAUCUCCAGACUUGCCACCGGGUGCUGUCGUUUGUCCUCAGCGUUCAAUGAAAACGGUGACUGACUGUCUGUCUGACCUGAAAGAUGACAUGACAAACUUCCUAUGGACCACGUGGCCCAAGAUCUCUGCAGCAGUGUCUGCUGUAGAUGUUGUGCUGCCACCUGUGCCAAAGACCAGGGAAGAGUUUUUGCGCUACUGCUGUCCUCUAACACUGGAUCCCAACACAGUCAGCAACUAUUUGUCCCUUUCACUGAAUUCCCAGCGAGUGACGAGUGAAUCCUAUGAAAAUUAUUCUUCUUCUCACUUAGACAGGUUUACAUAUGUGAAGCAGGUGCUGUGCAGAGAGGGGUUAACAGGGCGGUGCUACUGGGAGGUCUGUUUGGCUGGUGGUGUCUGGUCAGUGGCUGUGUCUUACAAAGACAUCAGCCGAACAUCAAAGGACUCAGAGUUUGGGAAGAAUAACAAGUCGUGGAGUUUGGAUUGCUCCGCAGACGGUUAUACUUUCAGACAUAACUCAGGAGCCAGGGAAGUGUCAGGUCCUAAAUCCUCUCAGAUUGGAGUGUACUUGGAUUACAGGUCAGGCACUCUGUCUUUUUACAGCAUCUCUGACAAGAUGACUCUGCUUCACAAAGAGCGCACAGUGUUCACUCAGCCUCUGUAUCCCGGCCUUGGGCUGAAGGAAAGACGCUCUGGCUGUUAUGCAGAAAUUAAAUUGAGUUGAGUACACUUGUCUGUAUACACACUUACAUACACAAAGUUACUGUUUUUACUCCAAAAUUCAGUGUUUCAACUCACUUUGUCAGCAGUUGGUGAAUAAGAAAGACUUGCAGUAGCUUCUGGUUCUUCAGCUGUUAAAUUCUGUUAAAAUGUGUUAAAAUCUCCGCUGUAGUACCACAGUUCUGUUUUUGUGUGUUUUGUGCUACUUUACACAUCUACUUUCAUAAAUGUUUAGUUUUCAAAGAGUGCUGUUUUAUAAGCCUUAUGGCCAGUGUUGGCGUUUCCUCAUAACUGGAGCUUUACUUGUGCUGAAUCACAAUGCA